AUGCUACGAAUUCUUGUCUUCAUCUCAUUUCUAACCGUUAUCAUCAAGUCUAGGCCUCAACUUUUGUUCAUAAACAAGGAGCCAAAGAACUUGACCAUCACGAGGAUGGAGGAUCCCGAAACCGAGACAGAAGAAUCAUCUCCGCCUCUACAAGACACUUGCAUACAAGAAGUAACUUCUCUGUUUCCCGACAUCUGCCUCGAGUAUGUCAAGACGAUUGCUGGGCCUCUCUCAUUCGUCCCCCACCAAGUGAUCAAUCAUCUCCUCGAUCUCCAAGAGUCUGGGCAAGUAUAUCAAAAGGCAAAGCGACCGAAACAGGCCAUCGGCAAGAGGAAGCGCACAGCUGAGGGACAAGAUGACGAAGACGAAGAUAAAGCCGAAAAACUACAGAACAGACUCUCCGAAGCAAAGCGCAAAUACAGCAAUCUCGAAGGACAAGUCCUUGCUCCCAAGAGUGCCCAAGUGUCCACUCUCAAGCAAAUGAUCGCAGGGGAUUUCCCACUGGUGCCAGUCAAGGUCAUUCAAAAAACCCUAUCUGAAAACGGAAAUCGUCUUUUCCCAACAUUUAAUGUCAUUAAUACUGCCCUCAAUGAGGCAAGCGAGCAUCGCCCGUUACCUUGGAAAUUGAAGAAGACACCCUCAGUGCCGGUACCGCGAUACAAAAAAGACAGGAUCGACGCGUCCAUACAAGCCUGCUCUAACGAAUGGGAAAAAGAAUUGAUGAAGGAACUCGAGGCUGCUCGAUUACUGCAGUUUGACGUGGCUGAAAAGCGUCGAGCAGAAGCAUUGGCCGAGGAGGCCGAAAGGAUGAACCUUGAGUCGGCAGAUGCAAGAGGAGAAGUAACCGAGUGCGGUUGUUGCUUUGCCGAUACUCCAUGGAACAGACUCGUCUAUUGUCAAGGCGAGGAUCCUCACCCUUUCUGUAUCAACUGCGCCCGCCGACACGCAGAGACGCAAAUUGGCCUUUCAAAGUACGAACUCGAAUGCAUGUCCAUGGUCGGGUGCACGGCUGGAUUCUCCUACAGCGAGCGCCGGAAGUUCCUGAAUAAGAAACUAACUGCGGCAAUCGAUCGAAUUGAACAAGAGGCAAAUCUGCGCAUGGCCAAACUGCCCGACCUCGCCAACUGCCCCUUUUGUCAUUAUGCAGAGGAGUACCCGCCAGUCGACAUCGACAGGGAAUUCCGGUGCCGAAAUGACGACUGCAAAAUCACGAGUUGCCGGCUCUGCAACUACGAAACACACAUACCCAAAACCUGUAAGGAGGCAGCCAUCGUGAGAGGUGUCGACCGGAGGCGGGAGGUAGAAGAGGCUAUGUCAAGAGCCCUCAUCCGCACAUGCAACAAGUGCAGCACCCCUUUUAUCAAGGAAGAAGGCUGCAACAAGAUGACUUGCACCCGCAAAGGCUGUGGUAACGUUCAGUGCUACGUCUGUUCUAAGUCUUGUGACUACAAUCACUUCAACGAUGAAAGUCGAGGUGGCAAGCAAGGCAACUGCCCCUUAUUCGAGAGUGCUGAAGAGCGUCACGAAAACGAAGUCAAUGCGGCUGAAAGGGCAGCGAAGCAGAAGGUCCUGGAGGAGAAUCCAGAGCUUGCAGCAGUCCCCGAACUCCUGAAUUUCAACAUGUCUGAAAGGGUUAAGACCGACGAUAUGAGGCGGAAAAGCAGGUUUGGACACAGAUUUAGGGAUCGAGUCAAUGUCAUACCUGUACCGCAUCCACCCUUCGGAGGGCAAAGGCCAUUUGUCGAUGUUCCACAACCGCAACCGCAACCACAACCACAACCACAACCGCAACCACAGCCUCAGCAGCCUCAGCAGCAGCUGCCACAGCUGCCACAGCUGCCACCGGCACUGCAGGGACUGGCACACGGCGCAAACCUUUUUCGUCAAGAAAAUCAUGUGCUGAGGGAAGCCCAGGUGCAGGCACAUAGAGGAAUCCGAUAUCACCUUAAGAAUGCAUUUGAUCGCCUUGGUAAUAGAGUAGCACCACCUGCGCCGGUACCGCAAGCACAACACAUGGCAGGAAUACCGAUCCAAGCACAACAACAACAACUACAACAACAACCACCCCCGCCACCACCACCACCACCACCCCAGGCUGGAGCGUUCCCAGUGGCACCAGGAGAUCCGGGCCUAGCGAUACCAGGGUUACCGCCGUUUAACCUUCAAGGAGCGGUAAAUUUUCAUCCAUUUUAUCCGUAUCCGUACAUGAUGGGUCAACAUGACCAUAUGGGUAACUGGCGGGGCCCCGGGUAG